AUGGAAACACAAUCCACUCCACAUGUGCUAAUCUUUUCUUGUCCAGCACAAGGCCAUGUAAAUUCCAUGCUAAAGCUAGCUGAACUUCUUGUAAUUCAAAAUCUCCACAUAACAUUCCUCAACACUGAGUACAUCCACAACCGUCUCAUUAGUUUCAACGAUGAUAUUCAAGCUCUUUCAGAAUGUUACCCUAUGCUUCAAUUCAAGACUAUUCCGGAUUUUCAUAAUGAAGAUGAACAUCCCGGAUUUGGAGAUAGGAUAGGAGAUGUAAUUGUUUCGUUGAGUUUGUAUGGUAAACCUUUUCAUAAUGAACACAUUUGA